AUGGAAAAAAAUAUUCUUAUAACUGGAGGAUCUGGUUUUAUUGGUUCACAUGUAGUUAGAUUAUUUGUUAAUAAAUAUCCAAAUUAUCAUAUAGUAAAUUUUGAUGCAUUGACCUAUGCUGGAAAUCUUGAAAAUUUAAGAGAUAUAGAAAAUAAAGAAAAUUAUACUUUUAUCAAAGGUAAUAUUAAUCAAAGUGAUUCUAUUGAAGAUAUAUUUAAUCAAUUUAAAUUUGAUGGUAUAAUCAAUUUAGCUGCUGAAAGUCAUGUUGAUCGAUCUAUUAACGAUCCGAAUUGUUUUAUUCAAACAAAUAUUAUUGGUACUGCUAAUUUAUUAAAUAUUGCUCGAGAUUCGUGGAAAAAUAAUUUUCAAGAAAAACGUUUCUAUCAAAUAUCAACUGAUGAAGUUUAUGGAUCUCUUGGUGAAACUGGACUUUUUACAGAAACUAGCCCAUAUAAUCCACUAUCACCAUAUUCAGCUUCGAAAGCAGCAUCUGAUCAUUUUGUUAAAGCCUAUGGAAAUACUUAUGGAAUACCAUUUGUUAUAAGUCAUUGUUCGAAUAAUUAUGGACCAAAUCAAUUUCCAGAAAAAUUAAUUCCACUUAUCAUUAAUAAUAUAAAAGAGAAAAAAAUAUUACCCAUAUAUGGAGAUGGAAAAUAUACUCGAGAUUGGUUAUAUGUUAUUGAUCAUGCUAAAGCUAUUGAUGUUGUUUUUCAUAAAGGUAAAAAUGGAGAAUGUUAUAAUAUUGGUGCUUUUAACGAAUGUCAAAAUAUUCAUUUGGUUAGGUUACUAUGCAAAAUAAUGGAUGAAAAAUUGAAUCGAACAAAAGGAAGCUCAGCAGAAUUAAUAAAAUAUGUAACAGAUCGUCCAGGACAUGACCGAAGAUAUGCUAUUGAUGCAACAAAAAUUAAUAAUGAACUCGGUUGGUUUCCAUCUGUUAAAUUUGAAGAAGGUUUAAAUCAAACUGUAGAUUGGUAUCUUAAUAAUCAAUCAUGGUUAGAUAAUGUUAAACAUGGAAUAUAUCAAUCUUAUUAUUAA